AAACUUCCUUGCUCCGUGGCUUUACGAAGGUGCGGACUAAGAUCUGUACUGAAAAGUACGGCAAGAAGAGUGCAGUUUCAAAAAAUCAAUACUGUUGGACAACUACUUACGAGACGAGGACGACCUGGACUUCCAGAAGCCCGCGAGAAAAACAGAUCGAAAACUUACUUUCCAAAAUGGAGUUCUUCGCGUACCCCUCUCCAGCGGCGGAAGAAACGGAGGCGAAGUAAGAAUCAUAAUACAUCAUAUUUGUUUUUUCGAUUGGAUAACACUGUAUUGAAGUUCAAGUUUGUUCAGUGUUGUUUUGAUGACCGAAAAAAUCAUUUGUUGGUACUAUGUUCUCCCUCACAGGGCCUGCGCCAAUCCAAACGACGGCGAUUCCGCCGAUAAGAACAACGAAGAGAAAGAGUACACUGCCACCACGACGUCGUAUGAAAACGAAAAACAUUCGUAGGUCUGUCUCAGUUGGGACAUUUUGAACUGAUCGCGCAUUGUGGUUGCAGGACUGUCGAAAACGGGGGAAUCAUAUUGACACUCGAUUCGACAGACGCACCCACACCUAGAGACUGCAGCUGCGCAAUGCCACAUGACAAUAAAGGUUCCAACUCUGCAAGACUGAGACCACUACAGCAAGGGUGAACUGCAAUGCAAUUCUUGGGCAGGGUGAAUAAGUAUCUGCUUUGUGCUUCACGAACAAGAUCGAAGUAGUUCGCCGCACGACCCACACCAUUUUCCGUUUUCAUACGUUCGAUUACAAUAUGUACAACAUGUUUGCCGGCCCCGGCGACAUGAUGUACGCGGCUGCGGCUGCCGCGGCGUACCAAGCGGCGGAGCAGGACUGGCAUUACUGUAACCAUCAUCUGCACCACUACCCGGGUUCAGCCACUGCUCCUGGUGCGGGGAGUUGUACCACGUCGCUCACUGGUGCGAUGUACCACGGCUACGAUGCGUCGCACUACGAGGCUGCUUACAACCUGUCCAGUUACAACAACGCUGUUGCUUGUUCCGCCUACCCCAGCGGGCCAGCCGCCACCAACAUCCCGCACCACGCGUUUUACCAUGGAGCUGCUGCCACUUCAGCCAUUGCGUUGGGGAUUCCAGUUCUGCCCGCCGGUUGUAGCAAAACGAACUCUACCCGCACCUCCUCGCUGAGUAACAACGAUUCGGACCCCUCCGGCUUCACCAGCCCGGCCAGUACUACUCCCGUGGGGCAGUUGGUUGUGUCUGCUGAGGUGGAGCAGCAGCAGAUCUCGGCUCCCGCGCCCUUCCGUCUGACCGGAACCACGACCACGACAUCUUCCGUCCGCGCGGUGGUGACGCCGCCGCCGGGGCUGUCCCUGCCGGUGACUCCUUGCGCGACGACGAAUGGCGCCAACGGCAACGUCAUGUCCUCUGCAAAGACCAACGUGAAAACCGCCGACCAGCAAUUUCUUGGCUGCCCCGCUUCCACGACGGGUGCUGCCGGCGUUAAAGAGCGAGCCACUGCAGCUGUGGCUGAAAACAGCACCUACACGGCGACGUACAGUAGCCAAGGACCACCCGCUUCUUCCGCGGGCACCAGCUACCACGAAAAAACUCCGGCUGCUCCGACGAACAGGACGGCCAAGGGAAAUGGCAAGGCGGGGCACCACCACCACCAUCACCAGUCGAAGUAUGUGUCAUCCGCGAACAAUAAAUACAGUACGUACAACAAACAGGGCUUCUACCAGAACACCAGCUAUAAUGGCACACGCGCUCAGUACAACAACUUCAACUACCAUGGAUGGGUGGCCCCGAACCGCGGGUCUGUCGCGGAGGCGAAGCGCGCCAACGCGGAAUUGGCGAAGGAGACGCUAAAGGACCUGAAAUUGAAAAAUUCUGACGAUGUUGUUUCCUCGGACACCAAGGCUCUGGAGGAGAAAGCAUUGCAAUUCAUGGCCAUGAAAAAGCAAGAAAACCAGAUCAAAGCUAACGCGAACCGCAUGGCCAAGAAGAAAAAGGAAAUGGAGGGACAGGUACUAUUAAUACAUAGGAUAGGAACAUUAUUCGAAUAAAUGCGUGUUCAGAUUCGGUACGUUGUCAGUAGGACUAUGAACUUCAAAUGAAUGCUUGCAUGGUCAAAAUAUUAUCACAGGAUUGCACUGAAUGCCCGGUGGUUGAAAAAGAGUCUCACUGUAUCAACCCUGUGUGCCGAGGGCUUCUGCCGUACCACUGCAGUGGGAUUUGGAGUAUCUUCUGCAGAAACUGUAUAUCUAGUUUCGUCAGCAAUGAGGUCCGCGAAAAAAAGAUACAGAACGAAGAACACCUGGUGAACAUCGAAAGCGGCUUUUUCGAGGACUGGUAGAAUGUUGCCACACGGCAGAUUUUUUUGUUCGUUGCCGCGUCGGUUUUUUAUCAAAGACAAACUCUACAGUAUGGCCAAGCCCAAAUGGUAACGAUGAAAUACUAUUUACCUUUCUCAUCUACGAUCGCUUGGUACUGGCAGAGUGAGGCAAGCGAAACACAUUUGACCACAACUUUCAGGGGGAAAGUGUACGGCGAGUUGCAGGGGAAGUUGUUUCACCUUAAGGACGCGGAGCAGAGGCAGAUUCCGGAUAUUAGCGACUCAAGAGCCAAGGGCUUCGAUGGCCGCAUCGUGGAGGUUCCUUUACAACAGAAGCCUUAGCUUUGCUUUGCCCUUUAUCGUGUGGCCCCACCCAGGGAGGAGAAAACAAUUAUGCUAAACUCUAAUUCAUAUAGAAGAAGGUCUUUAUUGUCAUUCCCUCGAGCUUCGGUUCACUUUCACAUGAGCGCGGCAAGAGUGAUAAUCACCCACACCACAGGCUUUCCGCGUCGCCUACCCGCACCUUUUCGGCGGGCAGAAGCGUGUCGGCGACUCGACACCAAUCAAACACUAUAUGGGUUGUGUAACCGAGUGUGAUGCUUAUACCAUUACGGUCGCGACAACCGCGGUAUUGAUAAUUUUGCCUCUGAUUCUUUCUGAUGUUCAAUGACUGGGUGGACCUAGUGUGUAUGCAUAUCUUCGGGGCACUUUGAUGCUGUAAUUGAUGUUGUCUCCACGAAAACUACAACAAGGUAACGAACGAGCGUUACGAGAAGUUGGGUAGCAAGGCCGCGUCUGCCUCAGGGGAAUCAGUGGAGUUACCGAGCGUCGUCGCUGUCAAGUUACCGAGCUGUCAAGUGAAGAAGGGAGAAGGGAUCUGCCUUGAUUUGAUCCCCAAUCCGAUGAAAGACGACGUGAUUGCCUGCACAUUAAAAAUUCAGCAUGCGCGCACGGUGCGAGCGUAGGUGAGAAAGGGAUUCCGAUUUGUAAGACUUUCAGAAUCAGGAUCCGCAUAUGUGCAAUUUUGAAUUUUAUCGAAAGUGAAGCAGAUGAAGGCGAAGGUAAAUAACAUAAAGUUUAGAUCUAAUGGAAAGUAGUAAAUCAGAAGUUCCAACAUAAAGUUUUUUCGCAUGAAAAGUGACCUUUGCCAUAAAGAAGAUUUCGAAGAACGGAAAACAGAAAGCAUCUCAACCCGUUGUGCGGGUUGAAGACACAAUUACAAGAAAGAGAACAUCAACAUUCAAUCUUAUGAAAACGACAAGAUCCAAGACCGACGGUUUCGUAACUUUUUCGAAAAAAAACAUUAUUUAAGCUACCGACGUAGGAAGAUCGAGGAGAAACAGGUUGGAAAAAAGUACCUAGUAAAAAAGAACAUCAUAUGGAAGCGUCAGGUUUGAAAUCGUCAAAGUUGAAAUAAUUUGUAAUGCAUAAAAUGCAUGACCCGCGGCACGUGUGUUGCAGAGCAGGCAAGUGCGGCCGAUUGUAAGCCUGUUUGGGGCUACAGCUCGAGCUGCUAAAGUAGCAUGAGAGAAGCGCUCUUCUUUGCCUAAACAGCAUGACAAACUGGAUUUAGGAACCACCGAAAUUUGCCAUGCGCCACUUAGAAACUGGGUUCCAACUGGCAUCCAUUUUAUGCAUGACAAAUUAUUUCAACUUUGUCGAUUUCAACUCUGACACAUCCAUACAUCAAGCAAGUACGUCGUGCGCCGUUUCUGGUUGUCCCGAUCCGUCCUUGCGGCCGUCCCGGUCGAAGGGACGAAAGAGAACCAGGAACAUAGUCGCGUUGAAGACCGCGGACCAACGGUUACAACUACAUCAAAUGGAUUACUCAGAGCAAGAAGAACGCUUUCACUUACCCGAACGUCUUUCUACAAGUUCUCACAAAGCACCUUUUCUAUGAGGUAAAGGAUAAUAACAAAAACUGUCCGAAAAUUUCUAAGAAUUCUAGAUUUCGGGACUGCUCUAUGUACUAUGGGCCCACCUCUUCAAUAUGUCACUAGAGCCGGCUUCUCCGUAGGAGCAUCCACCCAACACUCUCAAGAACCAUCGCUAAAUUCGGAGAAAGUCAGACUUUCCUUGUGUGGCUUUCUAUCGGAUAGACAGCGUUAGAUCGUUGCGACGAUUUUAAAUGCCAAUUUUGACGUCAUUAUCUUUAUCACUUACAAUGGCUAUAUUCCAAUUCCUGACAAGCUUCCGACCACCUAGACUGAGCCUAGACUCGCAUUGUCGAGGUAAUCAAAGAUUCUGAUUCUGUAUGUUGUCAAAUUAUUUCGUUAUCGUUUCGAUUUUUCCCCCCUUUUUUUUGGUUGAUCGGCCUGAGGGCGAAAGCGUUUCUUCCUGUGCACAACUACGAUGAAACUAUUUCAGGAGUAUCCUUUUUUUCUUCUCUGGGAUGGUAGUCCAUGAUUUCCUUCCACCUCCAGGCAAUGUUGAUGUUCUUUUACCGGUUCUUGUUGCUUUCAAAAAACUUACUAUAGGUAGUGGUAGCAAUAAUCGCACAAGAAUUACAAGUGCACAAUUUUCCUUUUCACGAGAUGCUGGCGAAAGUUCUCGACACAAAUUGAAUAGGUUCUUCUUCGACUUCUCUUUCUGCUUCACAAAAAAGACGACCUGAUUUCAGAAUUACUCGGCUCGUCCUUCAAACUUAUUUAAGUACUAGUUCGCUGUUUUUCCAGUUCGUACAACAGUCAGUGAGAUGAACGAGUGAUAUCAUCUCCAGAAUAAAAUCGAUCUUCAGUAGCGUCUCGUUGGAUUGAAAAAGUUCAGCGUUUCGCUUUGUAUUUUUAGCCUCUUAUUUCAGUAACUUAAACAACCGAACUCCGGAAAUAUUACUCGAAAUACGGCAGAUUUUGAGCUAGAAUGUCUGAAAAAACAAUUAUGAUCUACGGAAAGAUUAUUCUAACGGGCUUUUUACUCUUUACGUUUACCAUCUCUGUGUUGCGAAAACGAAACCUCUAUCCAAUAGACGCCGACAAAAAACUUCAUAAAAAACUCGAUGACCGUGACUCGAUAAUCGCGACCUUUUCAAAUUUCUGUUGAAAAACCAGAAUGCUUUAGGUUGUUUUACGGGAGCGAAAUUCGAACCAAAAAUAUAGCAGGCGAAGAUGUAGCUUAAUAGGUACUCCCAGGAAUUUUUUGUCUUUCAGUUUCAUCUUGCUAUUGAAAAAGUAGGCAAGAAGAAAGAGAAACGACAAAUUCAAAUCUGCGAAAAGCCAAAAACCAAAUUAUGUUACUAUAGCUUGUAGUUCAAGUGGGAGUCCAUUUCUACGAGUCACGUACUGUACUCUCUUGUCGUGCACAGCAGAGCUAGUAUCAGUGAAAAGAGGAGCGUAAUUUUAUUCAGGACUUUUUCAAGAAUUUCAAUUUCUUUCAUUGUACACCACGACUGAACGGGCUUUAUGGAAAAACUAGAAUUUUUGAUGCGCUUAUGCAACAUUGCGGCAGCAGCAUGGACGGAGGUGUUAUCAAAUUUGCAGGCCUAAAAGAAGUAGGAAGAGGCAUUGCAGAUUAGGUCGAACAAGGAGGAAAAACCACUUAUGACUGCUACGACAGACUGCUUCACAACGAAAAUUUUCUCAGUCUUUUACGUUUAAGUACGAAUUUUAAGCUCUUUACGACUCAAUAGCUACUUAUCCUGAUUCGGAGAAUUUUAUCGCAAUGUUAUGUAUCAAAUAUACUAGUAAUAUGUUUUGAGAAAGGGACAAGGUGUUCAC